AUGUCACGGCAUUCUCAUUCCGCUUCCUGUGAUAGCAGAAAAAGUACCAAUACUUCUGUGUCCUGUUCGUGUGAUAGCAAAAAAAGUUCCAAUCACUCGGCAUCCUGUUCAUGCUCAACAUCAGGCUCAACGGUAUCAGGAUCAACAUCACAAUCGACAAGCAAAAGUUGCUCUUGUUGUUGUUCGUCAACAAAUCAAAGUAAAACAAAAUCUUCGACAUCAUCAUCAACAUCUUACAUGACAACUGAUUUUGAUGAGGGAAUUGAAUCUACGAUUGGUUCGAAAAUAUUUCAUGCCGUUGACGAUAUGGUAGAUGUGGCAUUAUCUCAAGCUAAUCAUGAACUUGAUACCCAAUAUGUAUCCGGAUCAGGAGCGUCGUCCUGUGCGUCUAGAUCCUUGAACACGACAUAUAUUUCUGGAUCGAGUGCUGUAUCAUCAUGUGUUUCGAAGAAUAACUAUUCUGGCCGCAAUUUCAAUCAAGCAAAACUAGUAUCAACAUCAAGCAACCAAGGUGUACCAACCAGUUUAUUUAGUAAUUCGACUGUUUCGAAAAAAUCGUCGAUGAACACUUCCACUAAACCAUCUUCAAGAGCUCAAUCGAAAACAUCAUCAACAUCGAAUACAAGUAAAGCAUCAUCGACCACUUCCGGUUUAAACCUAAGCAAAAACAGAUCAACGCAUACAAGUGGCAGAAAAUCUCUUCACAAAUAAAAUUGGUCGAACUUUAUUUUAAAAUUGAUCAUUA